CCGCCCCUCGGCGCUCCUCCCCCCAGAAGCCAGUCGCGCCCCGCAAGAGCCGCCGCCGCCGCCGCGUCCCCCCAGGUGAAGCAGGAGAGGGGACCCCCCAGCCGCCACCAUGGUUGCCUUAUCCCUCAAGAUCAGCAUUGGCAACGUGGUGAAGACGAUGCAGUUUGAGCCGUCCACCAUGGUGUACGAUGCCUGCCGCAUGAUCCGGGAGCGAGUUCCGGAGGCGCAGAUGGGCCAGCCUACCGACUUUGGCCUCUUCCUGUCGGACGAAGACCCCAAGAAAGGCAUCUGGCUGGAAGCUGGGAAGGCCCUGGACUACUACAUGCUCCGCAAUGGGGACACCUUGGAGUACAAGAAGAAGCAGAGGCCCCUGAAGAUCCGCAUGCUGGAUGGGACGGUGAAGACGGUCAUGGUGGAUGACUCCAAGACGGUCACAGACAUACUCAUGACCAUUUGCGCCAGAAUCGGCAUCACAAACUACGACGAGUACUCCCUGGUGCGGGAAAUUGUGGAGGAGAAGAAGGAGGAGCAGACGGGGACCCUCAAGAAGGACAAGACCCUCCUGCGGGAUGAGAAGAAGAUGGAGAAGCUCAAACAGAAGCUCCACACGGAUGAUGAGUUGAACUGGCUGGACCACGGGCGCACCCUCCGGGAGCAGGGCAUCGAUGACAGCGAGACCCUCCUCCUGCGACGGAAGUUCUUCUACUCGGACCAAAAUGUGGAUUCGCGGGAUCCUGUGCAACUCAACCUGCUCUAUGUGCAGGCCCGUGACGACAUCCUGAAUGGCUCCCACCCCGUCUCCUUUGACAAGGCCUGCGAGUUUGCGGGAUUCCAGUGCCAGAUCCAGUUUGGCCCCCACAAUGAGCAGAAGCACAAGCCGGGAUUCUUGGACCUCAAGGACUUUCUGCCCAAGGAGUACAUCAAGCAGAAAGGCGAGCGCAAGAUUUUCAUGGCUCACAAGAACUGUGGCAACAUGAGUGAGAUCGAGGCGAAGGUCCGCUACGUGAAGCUGGCCCGAUCCCUCAAGACCUAUGGGGUCUCCUUCUUCCUGGUCAAGGAGAAGAUGAAGGGCAAGAACAAGCUGGUCCCCCGCCUGCUGGGCAUCACCAAGGAAUGUGUCAUGCGGGUGGACGAGAAGACCAAGGAGGUCAUUCAGGAGUGGAACCUCACCAACAUCAAGCGCUGGGCAGCCUCCCCCAAGAGCUUCACGCUGGACUUUGGAGAUUACCAGGACGGCUACUACUCUGUCCAGACGACGGAGGGGGAGCAGAUUGCCCAGCUCAUUGCUGGCUACAUUGACAUCAUCCUGAAGAAGAAAAAGAGCAAAGACCACUUUGGCUUGGAGGGGGAUGAGGAAUCGACCAUGCUGGAGGAGUCUGUCUCCCCCAAAAAGUCCACCGUCCUCCAGCAGCAGUUCAACCAGGUCAACAAGGCCGAGACGGGCUCCCUGGCCCUGCCAGGCAUCAUCCGCCUGGGCGCUGGCGGACCAGAGAACUUCCAGAUGGGCACCAUGCCCCAGGCCCAGCAGCAGGUCACCAGCGGGCAGAUGCACCGCGGGCACAUGCCCCCCCUGACCUCGGCUCAGCAGGCCUUGACGGGCACCAUCCUCUCCAGCAUGCAGGCGGUCCAUGCUGCCCAGUCCAACCUGGAGGACUUUGACACACUGCCCCCCAUGGGGCAGGACGCGGCCUCCAAAGCCUGGCGCAAGAACAAGAUGGACGAAUCGAAGCACGAGAUCCACUCCCAGGUGGAUGCCAUCACGGCCGGCACGGCUUCCGUGGUGAACCUGACGGCGGGCGACCCGGCCGAGACGGACUACACGGCCGUGGGCUGCGCUGUCACCACCAUCUCCUCCAACCUGACAGAGAUGUCCAAGGGGGUCAAGCUGCUGGCCGCCCUCAUGGAGGAUGAGGGGGGCAACGGCAGGCAGCUCCUGCAGGCCGCCAAGAACCUGGCGGGGGCUGUCUCGGAGCUGCUCAAGACCGCACAGCCCUCCAGCGCAGAGCCGCGGCAGAACCUUUUGCAAGCUGCAGGUGCCGUGGGGCAGACGAGUGGGGAGCUGCUGCAGCAGAUUGGGGAGAGUGACGCUGACCCCCAUUUCCAGAUGGUGGAGAGCCGGCGCCCUCGGACCCUGUCCGCCCCUGACCCCAAGACGGACAUGCUGAUGCAGCUGGCGAAGGCCGUGGCCAGUGCUGCUGCCGCCUUGGUCCUGAAGGCCAAGAACGUGGCCCAGAAGACGGAGGACUCGGUGCUGCAGACGCAGGUCAUUGCUGCUGCCACGCAGUGCGCUCUCUCCACCUCCCAGCUGGUGGCUUGCACCAAGGUGGUGGCGCCCACCAUCAGCUCGCCCGUCUGCCAGGAGCAGCUGGUGGAAGCCGGCAAGCUGGUGGCCAAGUCCGUGGAGAGCUGUGUGGACGCGUCGCAGGCGGCCACGGGCGACGAGCAGCUGCUGAAGCAGGUGGGGGUGGCGGCCACGGCUGUGACGCAGGCCCUCAACGACCUGCUGGAGCACAUCAAGCAGCAUGCCACGGGCGGGCAGCCUAUCGGCCGCUACGACCAGGCCACCGACACCAUCCUCAACGUCACAGAGAACAUCUUCAGCUCCAUGGGGGAUGCAGGGGAAAUGGUGCGUCAGGCCCGCAUCCUGGCUCAAGCCACCUCUGACCUGGUGAACGCCAUCAAGGCCGAUGCUGAAGGGGAGACGGACCUGGAGAACUCGCGCAAACUCCUGAGUGCCGCCAAGAUCCUGGCCGACGCCACGGCCAAGAUGGUGGAGGCAGCCAAGGGGGCUGCAGCCCACCCAGACAGCGAGGAGCAGCAGCAGCGCCUGCGGGAAGCGGCCGAGGGGCUGCGCAUGGCCACCAACGCAGCCGCCCAGAACGCCAUCAAGAAGAAGCUGGUGCACCGGCUGGAGCAUGCAGCCAAGCAAGCAGCCGCCGCCGCCACCCAAACCAUCGCAGCCGCCCAGCAUGCUGCCACCACCAACAAGAACCCGGCUGCCCACCAGCAGCUGGUGCAGAGCUGCAAGGUGGUGGCGGACCAGAUUCCCAUGCUGGUCCAGGGCGUCCGGGGGAGCCAGUCGCAGCCCGACAGCCCCAGCGCCCAGCUGGCUCUCAUUGCUGCCAGCCAGAACUUCCUGCAGCCCGGCGGGAAGAUGGUGUCCGCGGCCAAGGCCACGGUGCCCACCAUCUCGGACCAGGCCUCCGCCAUGCAGCUCAGCCAGUGCGCCAAGAACCUGGCAGCCGCCUUGGCCGAACUUCGCACGGCAGCACAGAAGGCACAAGAGGCCUGCGGCCCCCUGGAGAUCGACUCGGCCCUCAGCUUGGUGCAGAGCCUGGAGAGGGACUUGCAGGAAGCCAAGAUGGCGGCCAGAGAGGGCAAGCUGAAGCCUCUUCCGGGAGAGACGAUGGAGAAGAGCGCCCAGGACCUGGGGAACAGCACCAAGGCCGUCAGCUCCGCCAUCGCCCAGCUGCUGGGAGAGGUUGCCCAGGGCAACGAAAACUACACAGGGAUUGCUGCCCGCGAUGUGGCCCAUGCGCUGCGCUCCCUGAGCCAAGCUGCCCGCGGGGUGGCUGCCAACUCGGAGGAGCCGCAGGUCCAGGCCGCCAUGCUGGAGUGUGCAGGCGACGUCAUGGACAAGGCUGGCAACCUGAUUGAGGAAGCCCGCAAGGCCGUGGCCAAGCCGGGAGACCCCGAGAGCCAGCAGCGCUUGGCACAGGUGGCCAAGGCCGUCUCUCAGGCUCUCAACCGCUGCGUCAACUGCCUUCCUGGGCAACGGGAUGUGGACGCCGCCAUUCGCACGGUGGGCGAGGCCAGCAAGAGGCUCCUGGCCGACUCGUUCCCCCCCAGUGGCAAAAACUUCCAGGAGGCCCAGAGUCACUUGAACCAGGCAGCCGCUGGCCUCAACCAAUCGGCCACGGAGCUGGUGCAGGCGUCUCGCGGGACCCCCCAGGACCUGGCCAAGGCCUCCGGCAAGUUUGGUCAAGACUUCAACGAGUUCCUGCAGGCCGGCGUGGAGAUGGCUGGCCAGUCACCGUCCAGGGAAGCCCAGGCCCAGGUGGUCUCCAACUUGAAGAGCAUCUCCAUGUCGUCCAGCAAGCUCCUCCUGGCCGCCAAGGCUCUCUCUGCUGAUCCUGCGGCCCCCAACCUCAAGAACCAGCUGGCAGCCGCUGCCCGGGCCGUGACGGACAGCAUCAACCAGCUGAUCACCAUGUGCACACAGCAAGCGCCCGGCCAGAAGGAGUGCGACAAUGCCCUGCGGGAGCUGGAGACGGUGCGAGAGCUACUGGAGAAUCCCACGCAGGCCGUCAACGACAUGUCGUACUUCAACUGCCUGGACAGUGUCAUGGAGAACUCCAAGGUGCUGGGGGAAGCCAUGGCCGGCAUCUCCCAGAAUGCCAAGAACAGCAAGCUGCCCGAGUUUGGCGACUCCAUCAGCACCGCCUCCAAGGCCCUCUGCGGCUUCACGGAAGCCGCUGCCCAGGCUGCCUACCUGGUUGGCGUCUCGGACCCCAACAGCCAGGCGGGACAGCAAGGCCUGGUGGACCCCACCCAGUUUGCAAGAGCCAACCAAGCCAUCCAGAUGGCCUGCCAGAACCUGAUUGACCCGGCCUGCACCCAGUCCCAGGUCCUGUCGGCUGCCACCAUUGUGGCCAAGCACACCUCUGCCCUCUGCAACACCUGCCGGCUGGCCUCAUCUCGCACCGCCAACCCUGUGGCCAAGCGCCAGUUCGUCCAGUCUGCCAAGGAGGUAGCCAACAGCACCGCCAACCUGGUCAAGACCAUCAAGGCUCUGGACGGGGCUUUCACCCCAGACAACCGGGAGCGAUGCCGCGAGGCCACUUCCCCCCUCAUUGAGGCCGUGGACAACCUGACCGCCUUUGCCUCCAACCCAGAGUUUGCCACCGUUCCUGCUCAGAUCAGCCCAGAGGGGCGCAGAGCCAUGGAGCCCAUCAUCUCCUCUGCCAAGACCAUGCUGGAGAGCUCUGCCGGCCUCAUCCAGACAGCUCGCUCUCUGGCCGUCAACCCAAAGGACCCGCCCAAGUGGUCAGUGCUGGCCGGACACUCGCGGACCGUCUCCGACUCCAUCAAGAAGCUCAUCACCAACAUGAGAGACAAGGCUCCUGGCCAGUGGGAAUGCGACGAGGCCAUUGAGCUGCUGACAAAGUGCAUUCGGGACGUGGACCAGGCGUCCUUGGCCGCCAUCAGCCAGCAGCUGGCCCCUCGUGAGGGCAUCUCUCAAGAGGCCUUGCACAACCAGAUGCUCACGGCCGUCCAGGAGAUCAGCAACCUCAUUGAGCCGGUGGCUGGGGCAGCGCGAGCCGAGGCCUCCCAGCUGGGGCACAAGGUGUCUCAGCUGGCUCAGUAUUUUCAGCCACUGGUUCUGGCCGCCGUGGGGGCUGCCUCCAAGACCCUCAACAGCCAGCAACAGAUGAACCUCCUGGACCAGACCAAGACGCUGGCAGAGUCGGCCCUGCAGAUGCUCUACACGGCCAAGGAGGCCGGGGGGAACCCCAAGCAAGCAGCCCACACGCAGGAAGCUCUCGAGGAGUCUGCACAGAUGAUGAAGGAGGCCGUGGAGGACCUGACGGCCACCCUGAACGAGGCAGCCAGCGCAGCAGGCGUGGUUGGCGGCAUGGUGGACUCCAUCACUCAAGCCAUCAACCAGCUGGAUGAGGGCCCCGUGGGAGAGCCGGAGGGGACGUUUGUGGACUACCAGACCACCAUGGUGAAGACCGCCAAGGCCAUCGCUGUGACCGUCCAGGAGAUGGUCACCAAAUCCACCACCAACCCGGAUGAACUGGGCACCUUGGCCAACCAGCUCACCAGUGACUACGGACAGCUGGCGCUCCAGGCUAAGCCAGCUGCCAUCACGGCUGAGAACGAUGAGAUUGGCUCUCACAUAAAGAACCGGGUGCAGGAGUUGGGCCACGGCUGCGCGGCGCUGGUGACCAAGGCCGGAGCCCUCCAGUGCAGCCCCAGCGACACCUACACCAAGAAGGAGUUGAUUGAGUGUGCCCGCAGGGUCUCCGAGAAGGUGUCCCAUGUCUUGGCCGCCCUCCAGGCAGGCAACCGGGGAACCCAGGCCUGCAUCACAGCAGCCAGCGCUGUCUCUGGCAUCAUCGCCGACCUGGACACCACCAUCAUGUUUGCCACGGCUGGGACCCUCAACCGCGAAAAUGCAGAGACCUUUGCCGACCACAGGGAGGGCAUCCUGAAGACGGCCAAGGCGCUGGUGGAGGACACCAAGGUGCUGGUGCAGAAUGCCACGGCCAGCCAGGAGAAACUGGCGCAGGCCGCCCAGUCCUCCGUGGCCACCAUCACACGCCUCUCGGAGGUGGUGAAGCUGGGGGCCGCCAGCCUGGGGUCCGAAGACCCUGAGACGCAGGUGGUCCUGAUCAAUGCCGUGAAGGAUGUGGCCAAGGCCCUCGGGGACCUGAUCAGCGCCACCAAGGCUGCCGCGGGCAAGUCUGGUGAUGAUCCGGCUGUCUACCAGCUGAAGAACUCAGCCAAGGUGAUGGUCACCAACGUCACGUCGCUGCUGAAGACGGUGAAGGCCGUGGAGGAUGAAGCCACCAAGGGGACCCGAGCGCUGGAAGCCACAAUUGAGCACAUCCGCCAGGAGCUUGCGGUCUUCUGCUCCCAGGUGCCGCCCGCCAAGACCUCGACGCCGGAGGAUUUCAUCCGCAUGACCAAAGGCAUCACCAUGGCAACCGCCAAGGCUGUGGCAGCCGGCAACUCGUGCCGGCAGGAGGACGUGAUCGCCACGGCCAACCUGAGCCGCCGCGCCAUUGCCGACAUGCUGCGCUCUUGCAAGGAGGCUGCCUACCACCCAGAGGCCAACGCAGAGGUUCGGCAGCGGGCGCUGCGCUUUGGCAAGGAGUGUGCCAACGGUUACCUGGAGUUGCUGGAGCACGUGCUGGUGCCUAUCCUCCAGAAACCCAGCCAUGACCUGAAGCAGCAGCUGGCAGCAUACUCCAAGCGAGUGGCCGGCUCAGUGACGGAGCUCAUCCAGGCAGCGGAAGCCAUGAAAGGGACGGAAUGGGUGGACCCCGAGGAUCCCACCGUCAUCGCAGAGAACGAGCUGCUGGGCGCAGCUGCUGCCAUUGAGGCUGCCGCCAAGAAGCUGGAGCAGCUGAAGCCACGGGCAAAGCCCAAGCAGGCGGACGAGAGCCUCAACUUUGAGGAGCAGAUUCUGGAGGCUGCCAAGUCCAUUGCGGCUGCAACCAGUGCCUUGGUGAAAGCAGCCUCAGCUGCCCAGAGAGAGCUGGUGGCCCAAGGGAAGGUGGGUGCCAUCCCUGCCAACGCCCUGGAUGAUGGGCAGUGGUCCCAGGGCCUCAUUUCAGCGGCGCGGAUGGUGGCCGCUGCCACCAACAACCUGUGUGAGGCGGCCAAUGCAGCUGUGCAGGGACACGCCAGCGAGGAGAAGCUCAUCUCCUCUGCCAAGCAGGUGGCGGCCUCCACCGCCCAGCUGCUGGUGGCGUGCAAGGUCAAGGCGGAUCAGGACUCGGAGGCCAUGAAGCGCCUGCAGGCCGCUGGCAACGCUGUCAAGAGGGCGUCCGACCACCUCGUGAAGGCAGCUCAGAAAGCAGCCGCCUUCCAGGACCAAGAGAACGAGACUGUGGUGGUGAAGGAGAAGAUGGUGGGCGGGAUUGCGCAGAUCAUUGCUGCCCAGGAAGAGAUGCUGCGCAAGGAGCGGGAGCUGGAGGAGGCACGCAAGAAGCUGGCCAUGAUCCGGCAGCAGCAGUACAAGUUCCUGCCCUCGGAGCUGCGGGACGAAGGGCCAAAUUGAGUUCCGCCAUUGCCUCCGCCCCUGAGCUGCCACGGCCACCCCCUGCUCCCCUAUUUAAUGCCGACACCGCCCCCAGCAAGGACCAGCCAGGCCUCCUCCCAAGCAGGGAGAGAUGGAGGCCUGCCACUGCCCGCCCUGCGCCUGCCCUGCCCCCACAGCCCCCGCCACGUGCCACUUACUGGACUGCCCUUCCAGGGAGAGCGUCGGGGGGGGGAGGGCAGAGGCUCCCCAAGCCCCCUUGCCUUUUCUUCUGGAAAUCUUCCUUGUGCCUUGGCUACUCAGCCUGUCUCUCUCUCUGGGAGGGGCUCCGCUGGGGGGGGGGUCACUGACUGUGCAAUGUGGAUUAGCCUCCACUCCAACCAAAUAUUGGGUGCCUUAAAUGGGAGCCAAGGCGGGGUGCUUGGAGGCAGCAGCCCCCUCAGCCCCCUCUCUGCCUGCUGCCCCCCCCCCAGGCCUCUGCGCCCCACUUCUCUCUUGUCAUAGCUGCUCUUUGUUCCCAAGUGCCUGCCUGUGUGGGCCCAGAACACUCCCCCCCCCCCCGUUCUGGCACCCACUUGCCUGCCCCCCUCCAGGUCCUGCUCUGACUCCCCCCCCCCCAUUACAACAGCAGCAGCAAAUUUGCUUUGUGCUGCAAACCCCCAAACCACAAGGCUCGACCCGCCCUUUUCUAAAACACCCCCCACUUGCUGAGGCUUCUCACCUUUUGUAAUUUUGAUACAUCCAUAAGCCGCCUGUGUCCUUUCUAUGUCAGGGAAUCCAAGGGAGGUGGGUGGAGGGACUCCUGUGUCCUGGGGGGUUGAGCUAGAUGACCCUUAGGGUCCCUUCCAGCUCUAUACAGUUGCAUGAUUCUAUGGAUUAUGGGGUGUGUGUGAUCAGCACACGAAGAACCAGACACGCCCCCCACCCCUUCCCCCAGGCCUGCAAAGGGCCUGCCUUGAAUAAACUGGCUUCCCUGCAA